AUGUGCAGGGGGAAUGGGUGGCAUGUAGCAGCAGCUCGGAACCAGGUCAAGGGGAUGUGCAAUCCCUCAUCCUUCAUUAUUGAAGAUAUCCCCGUGCUUGAGUCACCGGUGUGGAGUAGUGACGAGGACGAGGCUGAUAACAACCGCCAACCCCGCAGCCAAGGUCCUGACCCUAAGAAGGGUCAUAACGUAUUCCCACCACUGCACGGAAGGGGGGGUCUCAACAUUUGUCCAAAUGACAUGGUCCCCGCGCAUUUGAUGUUUCAGGGCAGAAGAGCGGACCCACGCACUGAGGCAAAGCGCCAUAGCUUAGUGAAAGUUCCGCUCGAGACCGGAGGCAAACUGACGAAUAAUGCUGGUGACCCCUGCACCGAGCUCCCGGUCAUCUCGCCCCAUUCCACCUACCCUCUAGGUGGCGGUACCUCCAAAGUGGAGCCCCUGAUUUGGUUUUAUAAUUUCAUUAAUGCGGGGGGGAGUGCGUCGCCCGCGAUUCGCGUCAGCCCCAAGCCCCGACAGCGGUGGACGAAUGUGCAGGGCGACUAUGCCGAUGAGCCUGUUUUGAAAUGCGCGAGUGACCGAGGUCAACCCGGCAACGAAACCAACCUAGGAAGCGUCGCCUCAAUCCAGGAGAAGUCUUCGAAGACGCGGGAGGGGCCGUUUUGGCUGAACUCCCCCCGCAACUCCGACCUCUCGCACCGCAGCACACGGGACUCGUCCGAGACGGGGUCCAUCCGCCUCCAAAAGGUCGCCUCGGAGGACUACUACGAACUCGGUGACCUCUCCAGCUUCUUCCACUACAGCACCCACCCCUCAAAGGGGCCCAGCUGGCGGAGCUUUGGGGAAGGGCGCCGCACGCGCGAGUGUGUCUUUGGGGACCGGGACACUCGGGGGUUGGGCCCUCAUAAAACCAGUAGCAGGGAGGACGCCCUAAGCAACCGGGACAGAGGCACGUCGGGCCCGCAAAAAAAGACUGGCAGGGAGCGCGCCUUUCGUGACCGGGCCAGUCGGGUGUCGGGGCUUCAAAAAACAAGCGGGGCCCCUCUCAGCAGGGAGACUCCGCACGACCGGGCCAGACGCGUGUUGGGCCCUCAAAAAACGAGUGGCAGAGAGGCCCUUCGCGAUCCGGACGGCUACUCCGUCGUGUCCCGACGGGUCGCAAAGGGCGUUGGGCCCUCCCCCCUCCCCCACGCGAUCCCGCUGCCCCGGCGUCGCCCCACGACGGACCACUCAGACCUCAGCCGGUAUCGCUAUGGGUUUGCCAGUGAGAUCUACAAGCGGGAGUGCGACAAGCGGCGGAAUUCCAUUGGGGAGCCGCUCACAAGCGCUUCGAGGCUCGGCUCGAAGUCGUAUUUGAUGGAAAAGGCGGAAAAUGAGGGGAGAAGGGCGGGGGGCAGGUUGUACUCGGUUCCAUCCCACAGUUCUGACAUUGGGGAUGGGGAGUAUGACCUCUCCGGUCUGAACUUCACCAAGAGAGUGGCUAGUCCCCCUUCUGCCCUAAAGAGCUCCUCCAAGGUAAUUCCUGAACUCCGCAAGUCCAACUUCCUGCAAAGAAAGAUUGCUGCUAUAGAUAAACCAAGCGGUAUACUAAAUGAAGAAACCUAUCCCAAAUCGGAUUACUUAAGCUUUUUGUGGUAA